AUGUUCAUAAUCGAAUUUUCUUUUCUUUUUUUUCUACCAUUGUUAAUUUAUGGUCAACGAUAUUAUGCAUUUGUUGAAACUUUAUUUGUUAUUGAUUCAAAUUAUUUUCCAAACUUAUCAGAAAUAUCUUAUGAAGAUUAUAUACGUACAAUUGUUGAUACAGCAAAUAUUAUAUUUCAAUCAGAAAAUGAUCUCGAUAUUAAAAUAGAAAUAAUCAUUUCAAAUAUAGUUCAUUUAAAUAUUGUUCAACCAAAAUCACAAGAACCAUAUGAAUAUGAAUACAUUCUUAGACAAUCUGUAUCUGAUUAUGAUAGAUACGAUUCAAUUGUAUUACUCUGGUAUCAACCUUGGGAAGGACCCAAUGCUGCUCAAGGUUAUGCUAUGUUAAAAGGAGUUUGUCAUCCAAGUUAUAGUGAGUUAGAUUUUCUUUUUUUUGUAUUAAAUAUUCAACAAUUUUCGAAAGAAAUCAUGUAUAUACUUCCAUAUCAAAAUGCAGCAUUUUAUCUUGCUCAUGAAUUUGGUCAUCAACUUGGACUUGUUCAUCAAAUUGAUACUCCAUGUUAUACAACAUCAUAUAUGUCAGUUAUGACAAAAUCACAUACAGCUUCAUAUGAACAAGCACAUUGGACAAAAUGUGAAAAUAAUUGGAUUAAUGAAAAUAUUUGUCAAUUUGAAUGUCUAUUUAAUAAACCAGAUAAUUAUCAACCAAUUAAAAAUAAAUAUUCAACAUUGCCUGGAAAACGUAUGAAUAAUGAUCAACAAGCAAAAAUGAUUGAACCUAAUUCACAAUGUUUAGGAGAAGUUUCAUCUUUUACAUUUAUGUCAUCCGAUGUAGCUAGUCGAUGUUUAUAUUUACGUUAUUAUAUCGGUGAAUCAAAUGGUGAAUAUAAAUCUGCUUAUAGUCCGAUGUUACCAGGCUCGGAAUGUGGUGAAAAUUCAAUAUGUUAUCGUGAUAAAUGUGUUUCAAAGAAUGAUAUUGAUCCAUUAUUAUUUAAUAAUGAUUUUGAUACUGAAAUACUUUAUUUAAAUACACAUUGUAGUUCAAGUAAUAAUCCUAAAGAAUUAGUAGCUAGUAAUCAUGAUAUACAUCAUAAUAUUGAAUGUAUUGAUUGGGAAAAUGAUUUUUUAUGUGAACCAUCACAAAUAUGUCCAAAAAUUGAUGAUUCAACUACACUUGAUCUUUAUAUAAAACAUGUAUGUUGUGCAAAAUGUUCACCAAAAGGCAAUUCUAUUGUUGCUUUAUUUAAUAAAACAAGAAUAAAUCGAAUAGAUUCAAUGUUUAUAUUGAUGAUUUUGAUAAGUCUUUGUUUUUUGUUAAAAUAUUAA